AUGUCAAUUGAUCAACUAUUUUUGUCGUUUUGCAAAAAAAGACGACAGUGGAGAUGUGAUCUCGCUGUAGUAAAUACUGAUCAGAAACUGUAUGCGAUACCGUGUACAAUAAAUGUACUAUCGGCACAAUUAAAAGUUGCCAUUCUUACAUCAUCUGAUAAUAUGGAUUUUGGAUUCAAUUAUCAGAUCAACGAUGGUUUCAUCAAAACUCAAAGAUAUUUCAAUUCAUCAGAAAUUAAAAUGUUUGAAUUGAUCACACCAGAUAUUUUUAAUCAAACCGUAGAGAGAUUGAUCGCCGAAGGAUACAAUGGAAUAGUUGCUUCCUCUGUAGAGAUGGCCACACCAACCAGAUUCUUUGCCACCAACAAUCCUCAAGUGCGUUUCCUUAUCCGUGGUAGUUUGACCAACACAACCAAUCUUUCCUAUUUCACCUAUAACAUCGGUAUCAAUUAUUAUCUUACCGGUUUCUUUGCUGGACUCAUGACAAAGACUGGAAAGUUGGGAUGUGUUGCACCAGGUCUUCCAUACGUUCCAAACUACACUUGUGCAGCUUUUCUUUAUUGGGUUUCAGUGGACAAGUCGACUGGUGCUGCCAACCGAUUGAUCGAUGACGGUAUCGACUUGCUUGUCAACAACCAGAACGAUUUCUCUGCUGAACAUACCAUCAUGAAGCGUGGUGGUCUUGGUCUUGGUACCAACGGUUAUCCUCAGGAGAAUAUCUACGGACAACACAUUGGUAUGUCAAUCGUUUUAGAUUGGAGUUCAGUGUUUAUCAAUUUCGUCAAUUUGAUUGUCCAAGAUUCCCCAUACUCCAGAAAAGACUAUGGUGAUUUCCCAAAUAAUUUCAUUCAAAUUUCAUCUUUUUCAUUUACAGUACCAGAAGCAGUUCAAAAAAAAGUUACUGACGAGGUUAAAAGACUUGCUACAAUUCCAAGACUUCAACACCCAUACUAUUGUAAUGAUUUCAAUAGACAGUUGGCUGAUUUGAAUAGUACUCUUUUCAACCCUCCCUUGACAGGUGCCAAGAACAACUGUAUGUCCAACGGUCAGUACUUUGCUUUCAAUACACCAUACCCAGGAACCAAUGACCGUGGUUACUAUUCGAUUCCUCUCACCAAGAUCGACGUCGAUAACAAUCUAUUAUACGGUUUCUCUAUAACUGCCGGUAUCUUGAUCAUUCUCUCCGUAGUAGCUAUUGUCGCUAUCUACAUUUUCCGUAAUACCCAUGCCAUUAGAUCUGCAAGUCCAAUCUUCUCGAUGACCAUCAUAUUCGGUGGUAUAUUGACAUAUGUUGGUGUUAUCACAUAUGUGUUGACUCCAUCGAACGGUUCAUGUAAUGCCAGAUUCUGGUUCCUCGCCAUCGGUUAUGCUGUGAUGGUUGGUUGUAUGGUAGUAAAGAAUAUUCGUAUUUGGUUAAUUUUCGACAAUCCAGAGCUUCGUGUUAUUAAGAUUACAAACUUACAUUUAUUCCCAUGGGUUGCCGGUUUAGUUGCUAUCCUCGUAGUGUUGCUCGGUUUGUUGACUGCACCAUCAAUUGGAAACAACGGUGUUACCCAAGCAUUCGGUCCAGAUACCGAUCUGGAACUAGCAGCCUACGAAUUCCAAGAUAUCUGCAGUAUGGAUAGCAACGGCUCCUCUAUUUUGUUGGCCAUUCUCGCUGUUUUCGGUUUGCUUAUUAUCAUUGGUGUUUUCGUAUCUUGGAAGAUCCGUAUUGUCGAUAUCGAAGAUUUCAACGAAAGUAAACCAAUUGCACAUACACUCUAUGUCGGUUUACUCUCUUGUUUCAUUGUUAUUCCACUGAUGGUAUCACCACAGACCAGAAGUUCCGAACAAACUAUUAUUAGUGCCGCUGCACUCUUUAUCACCACUGUUUCCAUGUCGAUUCUUUUCAUUCCAAAAUUCCUUCGUAUUGCCACUGGUGAUAAAUCCAGUGAUGUUUUCAACCGAUCCAAGAGUUCGAUCGCUGCAUCUCGUUCCUCCAAGAACUCCUCCAACAAAAACAGUGGAUUCGAAGAUGACGAAUCCAAGGUCGCCUACUCUGGCAAAAUCCAUGCUACUUUCGAUUCCGAUGCCGAAGAGGCCAAGUCCAACCAAACCGAUAAUAAUCCAAAUCCAGGAUCUCCAACUUUCAGUAAUAUGGAAAAUAUUAAUAUAGAUGAUGAAAAAGAAGAAAAUGAACAAUAA